AAGACCCCCCCUCCCCUAGUGGAUCCCCCUAAUCCUGCCUCACCCCUUUUUCAUCCCUGCCCCAUCCCUGUGCUUGGACCGCUCACUCUCUGCAGCACCCAGCUCCAGCCUUACCCUCGCCCCAUAUCAACUGAGCUAAAAAGAACACAACUAUGUCCACCAACGAGCGUUUCAACUGCCAUUACUGCAAAGACUCCCUGCUGGGGAAGAAGUACAUAAUGAAAGAGGACACGCAGUACUGCACUAAGUGCUAUGAGAACCUGUUCGCUAACUGCUGUAAGAGCUGCUCUUUAGCAAUUGGCUGCAACUGCAAGGACUUGUCCUACAAGGAUCUCCACUGGCAUGAGCAAUGUUUCAAGUGUGCAAAGUGUAGCCGCUCUCUGGUGGAAAAGGCCUUUGCCGCUAAGGAUGAUUUGUUACUUUGCACCGAAUGCUACGCCCACGACUAUUCUUCUAAGUGCACCACCUGCAAGAAAACUGUCAUGCCAGGAUCCCGUAAAAUGGAAUACAAGGGGAACAGCUGGCAUGAGACCUGCUUCCUGUGCCACCGCUGCCAGCAGCCAAUAGGAACCAAGUCCUUCAUCCCCAAAGACACCGGCUACUUUUGCGUGCCCUGCUUUGAGAAGCAGUUUGCCUACCAAUGUUGUGCUUGUAAGAAGGCCAUCACAACAGGUGGAGUGACCUACCAAGACAAGCCCUGGCACCGCGAGUGUUUCCUAUGCAUCGGCUGCAGAAAGCAGCUGUCAGGUCAGCGCUUCACCUCCAGGGAAAACUACCCCUACUGCCUCGAAUGCUUCAGCAACCUAUAUGCAAAGAAGUGUGUGGGCUGCACCAAGCCCAUCACAAGUCUGGCAGGGGCCAAGUACAUCUCUUUUGAGGAGCGCCAGUGGCACAGCGAGUGUUUCACCUGCAUUCAAUGCUCUGUGUCGCUGGUGGGACGCGGCUUCCUCACCCAGCGCGACAACAUCUUGUGCACCGACUGCGGCAGGGAGAAGUGAUCUUUCCAUGAAGGGGUCACAGGUUUAUCCCAAUAAUAAUGAGAGCUCCUGUUCUGAUACAGAUGUUGUGUAUCCAUAAAUAUUUCUUCUUCUUCGCAUGCCUGGUACAUAAACAGAGUCUGAAUGACAAAUACUUAUUUUGGUGUUAUAUAAAUAGUUCUCUCACUUUGCUCACACACACAACAUGUAUCUUUAAAGUUAGGGCGCCAUUGUUCCAUUGUUGAUUAAUGUUUUCUUUGUUGGUUAAAAUGAAAAAUCCCCUUUUUUUAUGAGGGAUGAAAGCGAAAGGUCAAUUAAUGGAUUAAUCGAUGUACAAAUGUUUGUUUCAGCUUUUUAGGAGUUAGGAUUUGACAUUUUUUGUCCUUCAUAACAGUGAACUGUAUAUGUUCCGAUUUUGGACUGUCAUAUUAAAAAAAACAAAGAUGUCA